AUGCAUCUUCAUCACCACCAUGACAGCCAGGCUGGUCCAUCCAACUCAGGAACGACGAGAUUUCGAGUCCAAACCACCGAUGUUCUUCAAGAUAUGAAAGUAAACGUGUAUGAAGAAGGAUCGGAGAAGGUUAUAUGGUAUAAGGAAAGGUUUCUAGAUGACCAGGAAAUCAUUGAGAACGUUGUGCACGCAGCCAGCAAUAGGAUAUGCUGGUCGAUCCACCGACCGCUCCGAGGAUGGUCUAUUCGCAUUAGAUCCCCUGUGUUUCCUCCUGGAGUUUUCAUUCCAUUGACACCAGUGCCAUCAUCAGCGCAAUUUUAUACCGACGCAGCUCUGUCUUUCAAUUCGCGGACGAAUAUCCCAGUAACAUCGAACCUAGCGGAGGAUGUCCAAUUCACGCUCCAAGACGAGCAAGUCGCGUCCAGUUCGUCAAGCGUUCACUCCUAUCCACCUACACCAACCGCCAUCGUCAACGUUAUACCUCCUACCCCAAACGAUGUCCCCGGUUCCUCGAAAUCUCCGCCAAGGAAGCCACUACGGACCCCUCCUAUGGUCUCCUCCCAAGUCACCCAAUUUGUGUUGACACCAUCUUCUAUACAACCUGCACAGCAACUAGUAAACGCUUCCUUCCUCGCGCGUGCUUUCUCCGCCCUGAAGAGCCAGCGGCCCUCUCACUCCAACUCGUUCACGCUCUCCCGCGUCCUGCCACCUAAUCCACAAUCCCCACCCCCUCCAUACGCCUCGCGAAUAUCCGUCGUGACCGAGGCGGCGCAGUCGACCACUGCCAUCAUCCCAGAGCAGCCUCCACAACCUCUUCUUCACACUCCUUUUCUUGUGUUCCACGACCAGACACCAGUGUUGACUGUUCGCUCAUUGAUCGGGUUGAUAGAACUGGAUCAAGCAGAAGAGAGGUUAUUGGGCGUUGAUACGGCAUUUUGGAUUGCAGUUGCUCUGACGUAUCUCGAAUUCUUGGAAGAAAGGGAGAGUUACCUGGCCGCGCUCGCUGAUUAG